AUGGUCCUCAAGAGGCAGAUUGAGGAGCUCAUUCAACGAGGAUACCUGGGGCAAUACGUGAAGAGGUCCGGGCAGGACCACGCAAAAGGCCCUGACAACACCCGAAAGAAGAAGGAUGGCACCGGGCCUUCUACUUCUGCCCCGCGCAAGAGGGAGCUCGACCACCUCACGGAGGACGAGGAGACCGAGCCAGACAGCCCACCAAAGAAGAAGGUCAUCCAUGUCAUCUUCGGCGGCCCGGAGGGAGGGGACACACCCACUGAGAGGAAGAAGUGGGCGCGGAGCCUAUACGUUGGGGAGGUCGUCAGAGCACCCCAUGAGAAGAGGACACGCAGGGAGCCCAUAACAUUCACCGACGACGACCUCCCGGAUGGACCCUUACCCCACCGGGACGCAUUAGUAAUCCGCUUGGACCUUAAUGACACCAUCGUCCACCGGGUACUGGUAGAUACGGGGAGCUCCGUGAAUGUCAUGUAUUAUGACACCUUCACGCAACUCGGGUUAUCCAGGAAGCAGCUUUCCCAGGUUCGGACCCCGCUAUCCGGCUUCACCGGAGACUCCAUUGAGAUAGAAGGGUCCGUCAUCCUUAAAGCGCAGAUCGGCACCCCGCCGCACGUCAAGACAUGGGACGUAGAGUUCGUGGUGGUAAAGAUCAGCUGCGCCCACAACAUCAUCCUUGGCAGACCUGCCUUGGAGGACCUCAGGUGCGUCAUCUCUAUGGAGCACCUUUGCCUCAAAUUUCCUACUCCCACCGGAGUGGGCACCGCGAGGGGGGACCAGAAGAUUAGCCGGAGUUACGUUGCUACUUGA